UGGACCCAGCUGCUUCAUAGCCCCCCUGCUAGCCCUGGCACUGCCCUGACUCCAUGUAUUGGAAAAAUGAAAACGUUGCCCCUCACCCAGAGGGCAACAGCCUGGACCCCGAAUUGGACUCUGCAGGGAAGUCCCAGUCGGAUGAUGAGAACCUCCCAUGUAACCUGGAAAAAGAGGACCACUCCUCCCCCAGCCCUCCGUCCACCCCAUCCGUGUGCUCCCCACCAUCUUCCUCAUCCUCCUCCGCACCUUCGGACGGGAAGAACAUCUGCUCCAGCUGCGGCCUGGAAAUCCUUGACAGAUACCUGCUCAAGGUAAACAACUUAAUUUGGCAUGUGAGGUGCCUGGAGUGCUCGGUGUGCAGGACGUCUCUGAGACAACACAACAGCUGCUAUAUCAAAAACAAGGAGAUAUUCUGUAAAAUUGAUUAUUUCAGCCGCUUUGGUACCAAGUGCGCCCGGUGCGGUAGACAGAUCUAUGCCAGUGAUUGGGUGCGGAGAGCUCGGGGGAACGCCUACCACCUAGCGUGCUUUGCAUGUUACUCCUGCAAGAGGCAGCUGUCCACGGGGGAGGAGUUCGGCCUGGUGGAGGAGAAGGUCCUAUGCCGAAUCCACUAUGACACCAUGAUAGAGAACCUCAAGAGGGCGGCAGAAAACGGCAAUGGUAUUACAUUGGAGGGGGCCGUGCCAUCAGAACAGGACAGCCAGCCAAAACCAGCAAAAAGAGCGCGCACUUCGUUCACGGCGGAACAGCUGCAGGUGAUGCAGGCACAGUUUGCUCAGGACAAUAAUCCUGACGCGCAGACGCUUCAGAAACUUGCAGACAUGACAGGACUAAGCAGAAGAGUCAUUCAGGUUUGGUUUCAGAACUGCAGAGCGCGACAUAAAAAGCACACCCCACAGCAUGCAGGACCUCCGCCGGGGUCGAACCCAAAUCGUCUCACCUCCUCCCUGUCAGAUGACAUUCACUUCUCCCCCUUCAACAGUCCGGAAAGAGCUAGGAUGGUCACACUACAUGGAUAUAUAGAAAGUCAGGUACAGUGUGGGCAGGUGCACUGCAGACUCCCCUACGCUGCUCCUCCAGUGCAUCUUAAAAGUGACAUGGAAGCAACACUGUCCAACAGAGGAGACAAGGUAAUCCUAUUUCAAUACUGAGCGGCAUCUUCUGCUAUUGGAGACGACGUGCUGCCCUCUACGCCAGGGGUGCGUAGAGGACUCGGCAGAGAAGGACACCCGGCAAAGGAGGCGAUAUCUGUUAUUUGCUGUCUUUGGUUCUGUUGACAGAGAAGCAGCCAGGCCAAUGCUGGAGACUCUUGGAUAGCAGAUAAGGACCACAAUAAAUGACACGAGUGGGUUUAUUAUUAAUAUUAAAUUAUAACAAAGGUUUAA